UUUGCCUACAUAACCUCGAGGUCAACGAUGGAAAUGAAGGUAUCCCCGCCCCCAUUUGUAUAUCUGCCUUCGCACUUCGGGUCGACAACAUGAACACGAUGUCUGUGGCCUUACUGGCCCUUGUACUUCUCUUCGUUGCAUGCCUCGCGCAUCUUUUACCUUACCUCACAGAUCCACAUGCCCUCCGCUCCUACCCAGGCCCUUGGUUAGCCAAGCUGUCGGACGUAUGGCUCGGACGAGUAGCCGCUCAAGGCCACCGCUCUGAGGUUGUCCACCAGCUACACAAGCAGUACGGGACCUUCGUCCGGUUGGCGCCAAACCACUUGUCCAUCUGCGACCCGGAUGGGAUCCAGGACGUCUACGCGCACGGGAACGGCACGACGAAGUCGGACUUCUACGACGCGUUCGUGUCCAUCACGCGCGGGCUCUUCAACACGCGCUCCCGCGCGGACCACACGCGCAAGCGCAAGGUCGUCGCGCACGUCUUCUCGCAGAAGAGUGUGCUCGAGUUCGAGCCGUACACGCGCGUGCACGUCGCCGCGCUCUUCAGGCAGUGGGACCGGGAGGCCGUGUGUGGAUGGAUGCUGCCAUGGUUCAACUACCUCGCGUUCGACAUCAUUGGUACGCAUUCGCCGUCGACGUCGCUAGGCCUUCGGGCACCGUUCGGCAUGCUCCAAGCCUGCGCAGAUACUGCACCGACUGUGACCUACUGCCCCGCCGUGCAGAUUAUAAACGAGCGUGGCGAGUACUCCGCGUCGAUCGGCGUGCUGCCACCGCGCUGGCGACCGUGGCUCGUUCGGUUCUUGUUGGCGGGGAUGGCGAUCGCUGCGAUCUCGAAGCGUCUGGCUGCGCCGACGGAGAGGACGGACUUGCUAUCGAAGCUGCAGCAGGGGAAGGAUGAGGAGGGGAGGCCGUUGGGUGCGAAGGAGCUUACAGCGGACGCCCUGACUCAGCUCAUCGCUGGGUCAGAUACAACGUCGAACUCGUCGUGCGCGAUAGCCUAUCACCUGGCAGCCAACCCUGACGUCCAGGAGAAGUUACAGCGCGAGCUGGACGCAGCACUCGGCGGCGAGGAUGAUCCCGUCGUCACGUUCGAGCAAGUCAGACGUCUUCCGUACCUCGAUGCGGUGAUCAACGAGGGCAUGCGAGUCCACUCGACCUCUGGAAUCGGUCUGCCCCGCGAGGUGCCUACCGGGGGCACGGUCCUAUCGGUGCCGACUUACACUGUCCACCGAAACGAGGACGUAUGGGGAAGCGACGCGGACGUGUUUCGACCUGAACGCUGGCUGGAGCGGGAUAAGAACGAGCUCCAGAAGGCCUUCAACCCGUUCUCGUUCGGACCGAGGGGAUGUAUCGGCCGCAAUUUGGCGAGUAUGGAACUGUUUAUCAUCGUAGCUUCCGUAUUCCGACGGUACCACUUCGUCUUGGAAGACACUAGCCAAAAGUUGGAUACCAAGGAGGGUUUCUUGCGGAAGCCUGUCAAGUGCAGGGUGGGGGUCAGGCGCAGAGCAACAGGGAUCGGGAUGUGACCAGUAAGACUGGUUGAACAAGUCUGACAGCUGCUAUCGUUCUAAGUUACAUCUAGCAGAUUCAUGUUGUUGAUUGAGCGAUCGACCUACCUAACAGUGAGUGCGGUGAUGAAUAGGAGCAUCGAAUGAUAGACCGUGAAGACCUCGGCCGCGGAGACCCGAUAUUAGUCGAUUCAAGAGGUGAUGUACUAACGCAGAGUAGCAUAGUAGAUACAUCUUACUAGGCUUGGCGAUGGGGGUCUUUAGACCCGAUCGCACAUGUUUGCGCCUCCUGAUCAAACAUACUAUGUAACAUAGUGUUAUACAACCACUGUAGUCCGACUCUUUCCUCCUC